GUAGAGCUGCUACUCCUCCGCAUUGAGAGAAGCCACUUGAGGUGGUUCAGGAAUCUGGUAAGGAUGUCCCCUAGAUGCCUCCCUUUGGAGGUAUACCAGGCACAGCCAACUGGGACAAGACCCCAAGGUCAACCUAGGACCUGCUGGAGAGAUUAUAUCGCGGGCAAGAAAAUGGACGGAUGGAAUAACUCAUGUUUGGCGACGCUAUGCGCAAGCAGUUGCUUGGCAAAAACGACUAAAAGAAAACAUACCGCAACUCUUUCAGUGAAUUAAACAAACUUCACUAUGCAACAUUUUUGCUGGCAGAGUGUUUGCGUUUUUUUUUUUUUUUUGUUUUUUUGCAGAACCUCAUAGAUUCUAGUUAUGCGGCGUAAGUUUCUCAACGCAGAACCCACAUGCGAAGCGGACUUUCUCCUCGAGCGCUGACGCGAUGAUGUAAUGAUGAUUGUAACGUACGAUGUAAUGCACGGCCGGCCAUCCGGGAAGCAAGGUUCACUGCGCAUGCGCCGUCGCCUCUGCCUGUUUCACCGCCGCUACCCACAAUGCCCGGCGGGUCCCAGCGGCAGGAUGGCGGACGCUAUGGACGAGUACGAGAAAGAAGCAGGUUGCGUCCCCAUUCUUCACCCGGAGGAACUCAAGCCCCAGAGUCACUACAACCAUGGCUACAGUGAAAGCACCACUCGUAAGAGCCAUGCAGAUGACUACAGCACCUGGGACAUCGUCAAAGCCACACAGUACGGGAUCUUCGAACGUUGUCGGGAGCUGGUGGAGGCAGGUUUCGAUGUGCGACAGCCUGACAAGGAGAAUGUCACGCUCCUGCACUGGGCAGCCAUCAACAACAGGCUCGACCUGGUCAAAUACUACAUAUCAAAGGGUGCCAUUGUGGACCAGCUAGGAGGAGAUCUGAAUUCAACACCAUUACACUGGGCUACAAGACAGGGCCACCUUUCCAUGGUGGUUCAGCUGCUGAAGUAUGGUGCCGACCCAGCGCUCAUUGAUGGCGAGGGCUGUAGCUGCAUCCAUCUGGCCGCACAGUUUGGUCACACCUCCAUUGUGGCUUAUUUAAUUGCCAAGGGACAGGAUGUUGACACGAUGGAUCAGAAUGGCAUGACUCCAUUGAUGUGGGCAGCUUACAGAACUCACAGUGUUGACCCAACACGCCUCCUGCUGACCUUCAAUGUGUCAGUCAACCUGGGUGACAAGUACCAUAAAAACACAGCGCUGCACUGGGCUGUACUGGCUGCCAACACUACAGUCAUCAGCCUGUUGCUGGAUGCUGGUGCCAACGUGGAUGCACAGAACAUCAAGGGAGAGACUGCCCUGGACCUGGCCAAGCAGAGGAAGAAUGCCUGGAUGAUCAACCACUUGCAAGAGGCACGGCAGGCCAAGGGCUAUGACAGUCCCUCCUAUCUGAAGAGGCUGAAGACAGAUAAGGACUUCAGGCAAAAGGUCAUGCUGGGGACCCCCUUCCUGGUGAUAUGGCUGGUGGGCUUCAUUGCUGACCUAGACAUCCACUCCUGGCCUAUCAAGGCUCUGAUGUACGGAGCCUUGUGGAUCACGGUGCAGUUCCUUUCCAGGUCCUUCUUUGACCAUUCCAUGCACAGUGCCCUGCCGCUGGGCAUCUACCUUGCCACCAAGUUUUGGAUGUACAUCACCUGGCUCUUCUGGUUCUGGAAUAGUCUUCCUCCCCUCACUGUUCACCUCCCCUUCCUUCUGACCAGCAUGGCACUGUUCUACAACUUCGGAAAGUCUUGGAAGUCAGACCCCGGAAUUAUCAAAGCCUCAGAAGAGCAGAAGAAGAAGACAAUAGUUGAACUGGCAGAGGCCGGUAGCUUGGAUCUCAGUAUAUUCUGCAGCACCUGUUUGAUACGGAAACCCAUCAGGUCCAAACACUGUGCUGUAUGUAACCGUUGCAUUGCCAAGUUUGACCACCACUGUCCAUGGGUUGGCAACUGUGUUGGAAGUGGGAAUCACCGCUACUUCAUUGGAUAUUUGUUCUUCUUGCUGUGCAUGAUCUGCUGGAUGAUCUAUGGCUGCAUCUGCUACUGGAGGGUCCAUUGUGCUACUAGCUAUGCCAAGGAUGGCUUCUGGACCUACAUUACCCAGAUUGCAGCGUGUUCCCCCUGGGUCUUCUGGAUGUUCCUCAACAGUGUCUUCCACUUCAUGUGGGUGACUGUACUCAUCAUGUGCCAGAUGUACCAGAUCGCCUGCCUGGGUAUUACCACUAAUGAGAGGAUGAAUGCCAGGAGGUACAAGCACUUUAAAGUCACGACGACGUCCAUUGAGAGCCCUUUCAACCAUGGCUCCAUACGGAACCUCGUAGACUUCUUUGAGUUUCGCUGUUGUGGCCUCAUGCGCCCGGUAAUUGUGGACUGGACAACGCAGUACACCAUAGAGUACGACCAGACAUCCGGCUCGGGUUACCAGCUCGUCUAGCGACAGCACUGUUUUGGAGCGCGGCCGCCAUCGGGGGAGUCCGCCGGGAACAUCUCCUGUAGACCGCAGUCAGCCGGGACUAGCAUGCUGUUUGUUACAGGACACGACCAUGCCACCUCCACCGCAACAUGGGCAGCUCCUUCGCCACUAAGCCGCCCCGUUCACCCUGACAUGGACAGAGUAGACCUGCCAGCUGUGUGUGGACAAUGACUGGAGGAGAAGCAGGAGGUAUUGGGGGGUAGAUGUGUUCUCUACUUGUGAACCAUACGUUGCGUUACAUGCAACUGGUUUUAAUGCGGUCCCUUUUUUUUUGUUUUAAACUUGUUUUUCCAUUUCAUUUGUUUCACUUUAAAAGUCCUUGAAACUGAACUGCCCCGUUAAAAAACAAAAACCCUCAAAUGUCUGUUAGUGAGGACCGGAGAGGGCGAUUUCCAUGGUUUCGGGGGCCGUAGGUAGCACAGUGCUUAGUUGUCACCUUGUAAACAGAAGGACCCAGAUUCAAAUCGACUGUCGGGCUGUAGUACCCUUGAGCAAGGUACUUACCCAGA